GUUUUCUUUCUUCAGAUGAAGGUUCCCGCGAAUCUUAGUGAAAACACUGAAAACCUUCAGUAUGCGAAUUGGAUUCGUCUGCAGAUUGGCGAUUUCUUGAAAGAAACUGAACUUCCAUCAGAGAAGCAAGAAAACUUGCAGAAAUGGAUGAAGAACUUUGGCGAGACUCUGGCUUCCAUAAAGUUCUCAGAUGUCGUGGAGAACAAGAAAUUCACGUGUUCUGUCAGAACUGCUGGAGACCUGGAACUCGAAAUCGGAGAUUCUUUCUGUCCUUCGGAAGCUGAAAUCCUGCUCGUCAUGCCAACAGAAGCCCUACGAAAAUCAGAUUAUCUGAACUGUACUUUUUUGGACAAACGGAGGAAGAUGAUUGAAAGGAUCCAAAAGAAAGUUCUAGAAAUAACCGUCGGAAAAAUUGAGCACUGGUCAGACCAUUACCCAGUUCUCGUUGUUGCUCCAGAAGGCCUUGGUUGUCAUGCAAGGGUCAUAAUCGACGUCGUUCUUCCAGAAGAUUUUGUUGGGAAUUCGCGUUUCUUACCAGACAGAAGCAAUUUGCGACUGAAUUGGUUCACCUCUCUGUGUCCAGAAGAGCUUCGGAAAUUCAUCCCGAAGAACACUUGCGAAGAAGACAACCUCAUCGUUUCUCCGUUCACGAAUGGUUUACACGCCAGAGGCUCUGCGCGAUUGAGAAUACACGAUUUGAUGCGGAAGCAUCUCAGUGCAGAUAGUUCGAAUUUACGGGAUGCUUAUCGAUUGUGCUGCGUUUGGUUGCGACGAAGACGACUUCAUGGGGAUAAAGGUAUGAGCAAAGUUGUGGUCGCAGCCUUGCUCAUGUGGCUUUGUGUGAAGAAACGAAUACAUCGUGAUAUGAGUUCAUACCAGAUACUUCGGAAUUUCUGGAGCUUUCUGGCGAAUAAUGGCUUGCGGGAAACCGGUGGAAUCUCGUUGGAGAAGGCCCAGAAUUCCGUGGAAAUGUUCAAGAAGCAUUUCCCUGUCGUCGUGUUGGAUCCUUCCGGUUUAUACAACGUUGCUCAAAUGAUGGAAGAGCAUGUUGUUGAUCUUAUUGAACGAGGGGCUCGACAUGCUUUGAAUAUUUUAUCCUCGAGGGUCGAUUACGCUUUUCAAAGCUUAUUCGUCGAGGAUACCGAUUUUUACCGACAGUUCGAUGCAGUUUACAGUGUACCCGAAGCCACUUUGGAAAGAGUCUGUCAAUGGCAUGGAUCAUGGAAGUUCCUGAUGGACCGUGGUUUAAAAACCUGUGGUCAGGAAGCAUGUGUUAGAAAUGUUUUGAUUCCUGCUUUGGGUAAAGCAUUGGCUGCGAGACUUGAGAGAUCCAUCGACGCUUUAAGAGCUUUAAUUCACGCUGAGCUGACAUGUCAUUGUAGAGCGGAAUACAUAGGACUUCUACCUUCACGGACAAUUGGAAAACAGCUGAUAGGAGUGAUUUUAGCUCGGGAUGCACUGCUGACUCAAUUUGAAAAGGGCCCUGUGGUUGGCACAAAAGAGGCGGAAGAAUUCAGAGCACUUUGGGGCGAGAACCGAGUGCAAUCUCGGCUGAUGCCCGAUGGCUCCGUGGUUGAAGCUGUUGUCUGGGCGCCUGAAGAAACGAGGGUACCCGGCGGUGUGGUUACACGAAUCAUCAAGCAUAUUUUUAAUUUGCAUUUCAACUCGUCAACGAAAAAGGGGAAAGAUGGAAGGGUUUAUAUGACUGCGGAUUUCGAUCCGGUUAUUUUCACGGCGUCCAAGCGAGCUGCGGAAGUGUGUUCGGCGGCCGAAGAACUGACGAAAGAAAUUAUCGGGCUGAAGGAUGCUGUUCUCGGGGUUACCAGUGUUCAAGGCAUUUCCGCAGUUUUUGGCAAGUUUGAACCGUGUCCUCCUCAAAGGUUGCCUUCUGUGAAUUUUCGAAGGCGCGAACAAGGCGAGGACGACGGCGAAAGCGAGUCGAAGAAAAGGAAACUUGAUUCUGCUGUUGCGAAUCGACUCAUUUGUCCUGAAUACUUGGAAACAUCGGAUUUGUGUUUGAAAUUGGAAACAUCUGGGAAGUGGCCAACGGAUGUCGAAGCUAUAAGAAGAAUGAAGACGUUGUUGCUCGCUGAUUUAGGACAAAAACUCAACAAAGCAUAUGGAUUGAAAACUGCGGUGACGCCAGAUUCCUUGAAAGUCGCAAAAGACGGAUUUGUUUUCUCCUUGUUUUUGGGAGUUGAGAGAGAGUUGACGCUGAUGGAACUCACGCGGGAUGAGAAAGGGGUUCUCCUUUCCCGGGAAACACAGGCUUCCGCAAAACUGAAACGAGAUGUUGUUGGAAGACCAAUUUUGAUGUCGCAUUUGAAUGGGUUGAUUGGAUCGUAUUCUGGGUGGAGUGAUGGAGCACGAUUGAUUUUGAGGUGGAUCCGAGCACAAAUGAUCUCCCGCGAAAUGAUCUCGGAUGAAGUUAUAGGACUGCUGAUCGCAACGAUAUUUGCCUGUCCAAAAUCACUUCCGUUGCCCACUACAUGCACCUCUAUUUUGGCAGCGUUCUGGUCAUUCAUUGCGGGAUUUGAUUUCACCACUCUGCCAAUCGUUCUCAAUUUUGAGAAGCCCAUUCAAUUGGAGAGUAUUGCAGCUGUGAAAGCUGAAUUUGUUGAGAGGAGAAAAGAGCUCCCUCCUAUUGUAAUCAUCACUCCGUUUGACCAUUCCGGAUGUGAAUGGACUCGAAGUGGCCCAUCAUGGCCGGUCCUAUUGCAUUUGAAAAAGUUGUGCAAAGCUGCUGUGGACUUGUAUGAAGCGGGUUGCUGUUCCGAUUCCUUCGUCCCCAACGGGUUCUUCGUGCCGUCUCUCGAACUAUUUGAUGCCGUGAUAAAACUGAGACCUAUGGCAGUUGUCAGGAGAAACGAUGUGGUCCAUUUUUCGUCCUUCGUGAAAGAAGCCAAAAAGGAUCGACUUUUUUCUGGGAAAACCAAGUAUCCGGACUCGUUUCCAGUGUUGAAUUUUGACCCGGUGUCAAUGUAUGUCACGGAACUCGAAGAACAUUUAGAAGAUGCUGCUUUGGUGUUCCAUGAUGUGUAUGGUGGGAACAUCAUUGGGAUUGUUUGGAAAAAUUUGGACGCCGAUGCGGAGGCGAAGAAGAGACUGGAGUCGAGACAUUUGAUCACUGCGGAUGGAAAUAAACGUGGUUUGUUGUCGAUUGCUGCCACAUUGGGUCAAGACAUUUGUGAAUCGAUCUGCGAACGCGGAAAUGACGGAAAUCUUGUCGACGUGUUUGGCGGGUUGUGACGGAAAUGCACAAUUGCGGCUUGUGGGGAUUUCUUUAUUUAAUUUUUGCUGAUUUUUCUUUUUAUAGGAACGAUUUUAAUUUAAUUGCAGAGCAUUAAGCGGAAAUUUUGUGGCUCCGGAAAAUUCGCGAAGAUCGCCUCGGCAAAAAUGGCAUCCUCGAUGGUUCUCGCCGGAUUGGCCAUGGCAACAGUUGGUUUUGCCGGCCGGUAUAUCGCACGUCAGAUGCCGAAUAUGUCUCAGAAGUUCUCGCAAAAAAUGAAGGAAUUUCCAACAGAUUCCUUCACCGGAAGCAUGUACUACAAAGGUGGAUUUGAUCCAAAAAUGACUCGUAGAGAAGCCGCUUUGAUUCUAGGAAUUUCACCUUCUUCAAAUGAGCGCAGGAUCAAAGAAGCGCAUAAGCGAAUCAUGGUUCUCAACCAUCCUGAUCGCGGUGGUUCGCCUUACAUUGCUGCCAAAAUCAAUGAAGCUAAGGACCUGUUGGACAAUAGUGCAAAGUGAUAAUUUGCGGGAGUAUUCGGGUGCUUUUUUUUCGCCGUGUCUGAGUGCCGUCAAAUUUCGCAGUUUGUUAGUUCGUAAUAUACAGUGUUCAUGCGAA